UAUAUGCUGCCAUGGACCCUCCAUUGAUUUUAAUAUUUGUUACAGGAAUACUUCCUAUCGUCAGUUCAGCUCCAUCGACCACAAUUGCAUGUACAACACCAGGACUGUCUCUGAGACUAGCUGACACCUAUAACUACUGUGAGGGACGUGUUGAAAUUUAUUACAAAGGAGCCUGGGGAACUGUUUGUGGCAAUGAUUGGGAUAUCAAGGAUGCUCAGGUUGUCUGCAGGCAGCUUGGAUGUGGGGAUGCAGUCGCAGCAUUGCCUAGUUCUAGGUUUGGUCCAGGAUCAGGCAGAAUCCUCCUGGAUAAAGUAUCAUGCGAGGGGGAUGAAUCUCACCUGUGGGAAUGUGAAAACUCAGGAUGGGGUACGCAUAGCUGCACUCAUAAUCAAGAUGCUGCUGUUCUCUGCAAAGAUGAAAUUUAUAAACCAACUGGAACUGUAGGAGAUGUGCUGUCCAUGGAACUGGUGAAUGGUCCAAACCGCUGUGCUGGAAGUGUCAAAAUCACUUAUUUUGCAAGCUGGAGAAAUGUUGUUUGCAGUGAAUUGUGGGACCUGAAUGAUGCUCAAGUUGUGUGCCGACAACUUGGCUGUGGUGAAGCUCUUGCUGCCUUGGGCGGUGCUGCUUAUGGUGAAGGGGAAGGUGGUCCUCUGAUGACUAAAGUGAAGUGCUCUGGUGAAGAAUCUGACUUACUGUCUUGCCCUUAUGAGUAUCGUCCUGCCACAUGUGGCAAAUAUAAGGACGCCAGUGUCAUAUGCUCAGAUACCAAGGAUAUCAAAAUCAGCUUGACUCGAACUAAGAGAAAAUGCUUGGAAGCAGAAAAUCAGUAUCUGUAA